UUGCCCAUUCCAGCACCACUGGAUAAAAUUACAUAUCCUGUUACAGUUGGGAUAGGAAAUUAUUUUUCCUUUUUGUUUUAGCCUUAAGUAACACUAACAUUAUCUUUAUUGUUUUUUUUACACUGUUAUUGUUAAAUAUUAAAUCAAUAACGGUUCAAAUCUGAAUUCCACUCUUAGUUUCAUUCGUAUUAUUUUUUUGUAGUACCUAAUAGAUUUUUUGAAUUAGGUACCAAAAAGUUUUUACCUAAACGAUAUUAUCUAUAAUCAAACUGUCCCCAUUCAAUUAUUAACUUUAUUCUCAUUAUUUCUUAUUUUCCAAUAGCUCUUAGGUCUGUCAUAAGUAGAAUAGUGAAUCCAACAAUAUUACGUUGCUCAUUUUUAUUAAUGUAACUGUUUGGUAUACAAUAAAAUAUUCUUGCGAGUAAUGUGUAUUUUGGGCUGCAAUUAGCAACCAAAAGUCCAAGGUUAAAAUGUAAAUCAGAGCUAGGUACUUUACGAUUUCACGUACAAACUGGUUUGUGACAUUUCAUGGUAAGUCAAAAUGUGGACCGUGUAUAAAAGACAUAUCAAUCUGAUACUACGAUAUCAAUACCUUUUGAGCCCUUACAGCACAAACAUCUGUUUUAACAUUAACAUCAUGUACACAAAGGUGUUCUUGGUUGCUGCAAUCUUCGCUGCAGCAGUAGCUCGGCCGCAGGAGAGUCACGGACAUGAACAUGAGUCCCACCACCACGCCGUCUCCUCGCAGCACAUCCAGCGCCACGACGUGCCCGGCAAGGCGCCCAAAGGCCACCACGACUACUACGCGCACCCUAAAUACGAGUUCGAGUACAAGGUGGAGGACCCGCACACCGGUGACAAGAAGUCCCAGCACGAGUCCCGCGACGGCGACAUCGUGAAGGGUUACUACAGCCUGCAUGAGGCCGAUGGUACUGUCAGGAUCGUGCAUUACACCGCCGACAAGAAAACUGGAUUUAAUGCCAUCGUGGAGCACAAGGGACAUUCCAAACAUGACGCCCCUAAACAUCAUCACUAAUUAGUUCGUAAAUGAAGUACUUAUUCAACUUAAUUAAGUUCUGUUACUUAUUGUGUAUGCAACUAUUUGUUAUUCUAUUAUUAGAUCAAAUAUACAAUUGAAAACAA